AUGGAACUCAAGCGCCUAUCGAUUGAAGGGAGUGUGUAUGGCGAAGUUGGAGAGGCCGGCUGGUGUGAUGAGUUGUCCUGCACCGAAUCGCUUUUACCUUGGCAGGAGUACGGCUUUCAGGGUACGAGGACUCAAGGAAGAGUGCUGGCAUUGACGCAGCGCUGGAGGCAGAGUGAUGACGCGGCGCUGAACGCCUUUACCUCGGCCAGGCGAACAGUGGAGGAAGGGUUGAUGGAUGCAUCCGGGUCAGUGAACGGCGCGGAGGGAUGA